AUGGAAAAUACUUUAUGUAUGACUAUUGAGCACAUUCGUGCUGCUACUAAUCCACAAUCAUUUUACCAGUGCAUUCCGCUUAGUGAUCAAGAAAUCGAACGUUAUUUUCUGGUUGAUAAUAAAAUUGGAAUAUGGAAAAAGCAAACUUGCCCAGGAGAACAUCAUUUUGACUAUAUGAAGCAAGGUUGUAGUGAAAAAUAUAAGUUACGUAGACAACAACCGAACUGUCAACAAAAUCCGACUGUUAACGGAUGUGAAAAAACUUGCCAAGUAAGAAAUAUAACGCCAAUGCAAAUGGAGCCUUGUGAUUGGUUAUCAUCAACUUUACAACUCGAUUCCACUAACAAUGCUGCUUUCCUACAGUGUAUACCACAGCAAACCAGAUCAUGCGGAAUAUGGACAUCAAGAAGAUGCGGUGCAGGGACAACAUUUGAUGCAAGAUUGCAAAUUUGCACGCUUAAUCGUUUACUUGGUUGUCCGGUAGGUUCAUUACCGGUUAGUCGAUGUGCUCAACAAUCAUUUACGAAUGUAUGUCCUGGAAACUCGCAAUGCACAGAGGAAUAUCAAGUUUGCUGUCAGUCAAUGUCAAAUCUACCAACUAAUUAUGAACCAUCAUUACCAAUAUCAGUACCUGUUAUGAAUAAUCUUUUACCUCAAGUAUGUCCUCCAAAUACAGGAUCACCUGUAGCAGCUUGUUCACCAAUCCAGUCAUGUCCACCUGGAACGAUAUGUUAUACGAUUAGUGGUUUCUGUUGUAGUAUCAUCGCAGAAUCAAUGCAAUCCUUACCUAUUCCAGUUGUUCAACCAUUACAACCACAAACACCAAUACCAGUCGUACAACAAAAUUCUUUCCAAAUUGUUCAGCAACAACAACAAAUCGUCAUUAUGUGUCCCAAUGGUUUUCCUGGAAUACAACCUUGUGGUUUCAUGGAACAAUGUCCAGCAAAUAGUGGUUGCUAUCGUGGUGUAUGCUGUCCAUUAACUUGUCCCAGUGGUCAAGAUGCCACAGGAUUUUGUGGUCAAACAGUUUCAAUGACAAUGUCGUGCUCACAACAGGCUAGUUGCAUAUCAGGGUGUUGCUGUCAACAGCAUGAACCAAUUCGUAUGCCAAUUUGUCGGAGUGGUGUUACGGCUGCUUCAAGAUGUGCUGUUGAUCAGGAAUGUGGUCCAGGAAUGGAAUGUUCUAGUGGUGGCUGUUGUCCAAUACCGUUUUGUCCUACCGGAAUACAGGCAAUAGGCCGCUGUCCGUCAGGUAUGGGUUGUCAAAGUGCAUCAAUCUGUGCAAAUGGUUUAUGUUGUCCUGCACCGCGCUGUUCUACAGGUGUCAUCGCCCUACGGAUUUGCGUAUCCAAUGAUGAAUGCGGAAAUGGUUUUGAAUGCGCUAAUGGUGGUUGUUGUCCACUUCCACUUUGUCCCAAUAAUCAAAUCGGUUCACAACGAUGUGCAACCGGUGGGUGCUGCUGUCCAACCGGUCAGCAGUGCAUUAGUGGUGUAUGCUGUCCAUUGCCAGCUUGUUCAAACGGGAUCCUGUCGGCGACUCUGUGUGAAGCUGGAAAUGUUUGUCCACAAGGUAUGGAAUGUAGCAAUGGCGGUUGCUGUCCGUUACCAGUAUGUCCAUCUGGUGCUCAAUCAUCUGGACGAUGUCAUGGAAAUUCUUGUCCCGUUGGGCAGGUAUGUGAGAAUGGAGUAUGCUGUCCAUUACCUGUGUGCUCUAACGGACAACUUGCUGUUCAGUUAUGCGCUUAUGGUAACAGUUGCCCGAUUGGUUAUAUUUGUGAAGGACGAGGUUGCUGCUUGGAACCGUUACCACUUUGUCCGAAUGGUGUUCAUGCAUAUCAGCGAUGCAAUCGUGGUAUUGACUGUCCAACCGGAUUCGGUUGUACAGCAGUGGGAGUAUGUUGUCUAUUGUCGCUGGAACCAGUAUGUCCUUCAAAUCAGAAUGCCAUUUGUCAGUGUGCUCCACCUGAUAAUUGUCCACCACAAACUUCAUGUACCAUGGGUACAUGUUGCACUUCAGCAUCGGUGAAGGUGUAUGAUCAUGUCCCAGGAAGUUCUUGUCAAGCAUCAUCACAGUGCAACGGCUUUAACAGUGGUGGUGCGCAAUGUGUGCAUUCAGUUUGCGCAUGUAUCAAUGGUGCUGCAUCAAACGGUGCAACUUGCCAUCAAUUCAAUCCCGCUGUUUUGCUACAGGCUCGAUCAGGUUGUGACCAAUAUGGUUCACCUUGCAAAUUUGCAUUUAGCACCGCUCGAAGAAAACCUUUAUUUGCUCCAUUUGGUAAUAUCACUGAACAACCAUUAUGGUAUGCAGUAGUGACAUCACGACAUUGCUUAUGGAAUGCAUCAAUUGCUAAUUUUGAUCCGGAUAGCACUUGUCUUCCCAAUGAGAAAUGCAUACGAGGGGAAUGUCGCAUAAAAUUAUGGCCAGGUGAAUAUGCUUGUACCAGUGAUGAAGAAUGUUCUUCACGAUGUAGCAAUACCUAUUGCUCAUCAAAUAGUGAUAAAGGAAUAUCACAAUGCCUUUGUUCUAAUGGCAAAUUCCUACUUUAUGGACGAUGUCUUCAUCAAUGCCCAACUGGUUUUCAUGCUAAAGGAGCAUACUGUGAGCACGAUGAUGAGGAUCAUUUCUGGAUGGAUGGAAAUCAACAAAAUUCUUUGCGAGAACUUCUCAAUUCAGGAAUUUGUUAA